AUGUCAUCCUCCACGUCGUCAACAUCAUCAAUGGCGAGCUUUGGCUCUCUUCCCACCGAACUUCGCCUCAAAAUAUGGUCACGAGCCAAUGAGCCUCGGAUUGUCCUAUACGGCGACUUGGUCCAGAAAGACGGUUCUUACCCGUUGCCGACUGUUACACAGCUCAACGCCGAGGCGCGAGAGGAAACCAGGCUAGGGUAUGAGCCUAUUGGCCACGGAUCAUACUUUGACUUUUCCAGAGAUAUCCUCGUUUGCGACCACAAGAUUUCAGACCAAGCACCUGACCCUUACCUGGAAGAUCUGGCACCGCGGAUAAGACGACUUGCCUUCUGGGAUUGCUUCCCCGACGAUGGCCGGGUGGAUGGGCCAUACCACUACUCUGUCUACCUGUCAGCCUGCUAUCGUCAGCGAGAUUUCGGCAAGAUCGAGUUCGACCGAUUCUGGUUUCCCAACCUGGAUGACCUGUGGAUCGUCAAAGUGGGAGAGAUCGAUCCAGCAUGGAUGAUCCACAUGGACACAAAUGCUCCAUAUGAAGUUCGUCUCAGAGAGCUGGCUAAACAGUUCCGAUAUUGGGUGGACGAGAACAUCAUCGAGAUGGCGCCCCUGGACCUGGAUGACCCCGAGUCUCAAGCAGUCCUGAACGAGGGCAGAUGCGGCAAAGAGGAUUGCCACGAACUCAACAAAGGACGCAGCAAAAUGGUGUCCAAAGUUGUCUUUCUGGAUGGAAAAUACAAGGCGCCCGAUGACGGCCUGAAAUGGGUACGAAUCCUGCCAUGGCACGUGGAUGAGGACAAGGUCAAGGAGAACCGGACCUGCGAGAACAGGAUGAGAUGGGUCCUGGUGGAGAGGAUCUUGACAUUUGACCUGCAAUGGGAGGGAUGGAGCGAAUCAGGAUGGGAAGUCAGGAGGCACAGAAGAGGCAAAUGA